CAGAUUCGUGUCUGCGACGUGCCUGUGCAACAAUCAUGAAAGUCUUAGCUAUCGUGUUACUCAUUGCCUUUUUGAUUGCUCAGGUGGCAGCUCGGGAUUUAUCUAAAUACAAACCUAGAGGUGUUUUGUUUCCUCGUGCACCGUCGAAAAACAAGAAACCCAUCGUUCCAGUUAAACACAAGGCUACCAUAAACACACGAGGUUUCUGUGGUAGAGAGAACACCACUAGCAGCCGCAUCGUUGGCGGAACUGAAGCCAGCCCCAAUUCCCUGCCAUGGCAAGUGGCUUUCUUCGUUGAUGACAGGUUUUUCUGUGGUGGUUCUCUGAUUUCUAACGAAUGGAUUCUCACCGCCGCUCACUGCGUCGAAGAUGCUGGCUUCUUUGACAUUUUGUUGGGUGCUCACAAUGUUCGAUUGAAUGCCACAGAGGAGCCUCAUCGAAUUGAAGUCAGGUCUAAUUUCUCCAUUGUCCACCCUGAAUGGUCAUCUGUUCGUUUCAAGAAUGAUGUAGCUCUCAUCAAGCUUCCACAGCCGAUCAAAUUCACACCUGAAAUCCAGCCAGUUUGUAUGGCACCACCUUCGGAACCCGAUCACGUUGAUGAUAUACUUCACGUUAGCGGAUGGGGGAGAUCUUCCGACUUGGCUGCCGGAAUCUCACCUGUCCUUCGCGAAGUUGACGCUCCAUGCAUUUCCAACGAGCAGUGUGCCCUGACGUACGGUGCCACGAUUACGGAGGGCAUCAUUUGCCUGUCUGCCGCUGAUGGCAAAGGAUCUUGCAACGGUGAUUCGGGUGGCCCUUUGAGCUUCAUCAACGAGGGCGUCCACAAUCAGGUCGGCAUCGUCAGCUUUGGUCCCGCGGCCGGAUGCGAAAUUGGUCUGCCCGCCGCAUUCUCUCGCGUUUCUUUUUACGCCAAAUGGAUCUCGUCCAUAACGGGCUUGGUCAUAUAAAUUUACGCUUCUAAAAUUUGCCCGUUUUCCCGCUUCAUUAGCCAAUGAUUUUCUCGUGUGUGUUCUGAAAUGAAUGUGUUCUUUCUUGUUGUUGUAGCUUCGAUUGUUUAGUUUGAAUGCUGAUCGAAUCAUGUU